GAAAAGAAAGAAACAAGCUUUAAUCUCCUUAGAUCACACCCAUUUGAAUUGAGAAAUUGAGAUUUGAAUUUGAGAUGCAGAAACAGAGUUUUACAUCAAAAUCUUCUUCAAAAUGCAGGGCUGUGUUGCCAUAUCAAACGCCAAGAUUAAGGGACCACUACCUUCUUGGGAAGAAGCUUGGUCAAGGCCAAUUUGGAACCACAUACCUAUGCACCCACAAGGGAACAGGGAAGCUCUAUGCAUGCAAAUCCAUUCCAAAGAGGAAGCUUUUGUGUCAAGAGGAUUAUGAUGAUGUGUGGAGGGAGAUUCAGAUCAUGCACCAUUUGUCAGAACAUCCAAAUGUGGUUCAGAUACAAGGAACCUAUGAGGAUUCUGUGUUUGUGCACCUUGUGAUGGAGUUGUGUGCUGGUGGUGAGCUUUUUGAUAGGAUCAUUCAAAAGGGUCAUUACAGUGAGAGAGAGGCUGCAAAGUUGAUAAGGACCAUUGUUGGUGUGGUGGAGGCAUGCCACUCUCUUGGUGUCAUGCAUAGGGACCUCAAGCCUGAGAAUUUCUUGUUUGAUACCCCUGGUGAAGAUGCCAAAAUGAAGGCAACGGAUUUUGGACUCUCUGUCUUCCACAAGCCAGGACAAGCCUUUCAUGAUGUAGUUGGAAGUCCCUACUAUGUUGCUCCUGAGGUGUUGUGCAAACAAUAUGGACCAGAAGUGGAUGUAUGGAGUGCUGGUGUUAUUCUUUACAUCUUAUUGAGUGGGGUCCCACCUUUCUGGGCUGAAACCGAAUCAGGAAUUUUCAGACAGAUUUUACAUGGACAGCUUGAUUUUGCUUCUGAUCCGUGGCCAAAUAUCUCUGAAAGUGCUAAAGAUUUGGUACAACAGAUGUUGGAUAGGGACCCUAAGAAAAGAAUUUCUGCUCAUGAAGUCUUGUGUCACCCUUGGAUUGUUGAUGAUAAAGUUGCCCCUGACAAACCUCUGGACCCUGCUGUUUUGACACGCCUAAAACAUUUCUCAGCUAUGAAUAAACUUAAGAAGAUGGCUUUACGUGUCAUAGCUGAAAGACUUUCAGAGGAAGAAAUAGGUGGAUUGAAAGAGCUAUUCAAAAUGAUUGACACAGACAACAGUGGAACAAUAACUUACGAGGAACUGAAGGAGGCUUUGAAAAGUGUGGGCUCUAAUCUCAUGGAAUCUGAAAUUAAGUCCCUUAUGGAUGCGGCUGAUAUUGACAACAGUGGAACAAUAGACUACGGUGAAUUUCUUGCUGCAACACUGCACUUGAAUAAGAUGGAAAGAGAGGAGAAUUUGGUUGCAGCUUUUGCCUAUUUUGAUAAAGAUGGUAGUGGUUACAUCACCAUUGAUGAGCUUCAACAGGCUUGUAAAGACUUUGGUCUUGGUGAGGUACAUCUGGAUGAAAUGAUCAAAGAAAUUGAUCAAGACAAUGAUGGGAGGAUUGAUUAUGCAGAGUUUGCAGCAAUGAUGAAAAAAGGCGAUGGAGAUGUUGGUGGGAACAGAAACAUGAAAGGCAAUUUGAACUUCAAUAUUGCAGAUGCAUUUGGAGUGAAUGACUCUUCUUGAUAUGCUAAAUGAAAUCUUUUGUACAGUUAGGAGCAUAUGGUAGAAGAAAAAUAUAGUUAAAUCUUACAUAGCCGUAUGGUUAUAAUAUGUUUUAUACUGAAUUUCGUUUACUUUCUUAAGCAAUGGUUUGUUCUCUUCACUUCCUUAGAAACAUCCAGUGAAGUUGAAUAUAUUUAGCUAUAUAUAUAAUAUAAAUUG